CAUCUCCACUCUCAAUCUCCCCUCUUGUCGUCUGAAGCCAUUUCCCCUUCUCCUAUCACAACAGCCUCCACUAUAAAGUCUGUACCCUUCUUCCUUGCAGCCCUCCUUUGGAUACUGAAAGGAGAGCUUUAAUUGCUGCCUUAUUUUAAAUACUCCAUAAUGAGAGUCUUGGUUUUUGUUUACUUUUGAAGGAGCUGAAGUUAUGUUUUCUGUGGACUGCACCAAGCUGAAGGACUAUUUUUUACCAGCAAAAAGAGAAUUUGACUGCAUUUAUUUCAACUUCCCUCACUGUGGGAGGAAGGCUGGGGUGGUGAAGAACAGAGAGUUGCUCUCAGGCUUCUUCCAUAGCUGUGCAGAAGUGCUGACACAGGAUGGAGAGGUCCGCGUGGCUCUCUGCAGGGGGCAGGGUGGCACGCCUGCUGAUCAGCCCAGGAGAGAGUGGCACAACAGCUGGCAGGUGGUGGCGGUGGCAGCAGGAGCUGGCUUCAUCCUGAGCGAUGUUCAUCCCUUCCGAGCAGAGACUGCCCAUGGCUAUGAAUGUACGGGGUACAGGAGUCAAGAUAAAUCAUUCUGCAUAGAGGGUGCUUUAAACCACGUUUUUACUCGAAGCACACCACUUCUGUAUUGCAAACCACUGAUCUGUGAGAUAGAACUGAAAGGACAAAGAAUUUCAUUUCAAGUACCGCAAGUACUUGUGGAUAAAAUUAACAGGGGUUUCCUAGAGCGAAAUUCAAACCAUCCAGUACGGACAAUAAAGGAGAAGCUCACUACAGCGCUCAGCCGAGCCUUCCCACUGCAGAGCAUUGACUACUGCCUUUCUCUGCUCCUCCAAGGUCACCUCAAUGCUGCUUGUCACUCAAACAUUUUUUGGAUCCUUCCAAGCCCAGAGGAGACUCCAAGCGCUGAAGAAAUGGCCAGUGGCCAGGCAAACACAAUUUUAUUUUCCCAUGUUGCUUUUCAUGGGGACACAGAUAAGAAUGUACCAGAGGGAUGUCAAACUCCAAAGUGGUGUUAUCUUAGACCUUCCCUUCUGCCUUAUGCUCAGGCAAUAAUAAAAAGUGCAUCCUUUGUCCCAGGAACACUUUACAUUUUUUCUGGCCCAGUUUUCAGGAAGUGCCACAUCUCUCCUUACUGUAUGCCUGUUUUUCAUGAGAUGGUUUUUGUAUGUGCAGUUAACCGAGGUUCAGAGAACAGCUGUAUACAGAUGGUAGUGGACAGAAUUAAAACCAGCGUACAUUCUCUUCACCAGACCAUUUCUGAUUUUAAGUUGAGCAUUAGUCUGCAGGAAGCAACGAGCUUGGGAACAGCUGAGCUCAAUGACUUUGCUGUUUUUGAAUCUCAGCUUGGUAAAAUUCAGUGCUUCCUCUGCAUGGAGGCAGAUACUCGGGACUCCUCGGAGAGGGGCUAUUGUGUGGGUGCAGUACGGACUGCUCCAUAUGAACCAGCACACAGUGAUUUGAUUGUUGUGUUUGUUUCACUGAAUCUGGACCUUGUGGCCAUGCUCAUUUGUGCCAUAGAUGACUGGCGCAUGCUCUGGACAUCAGACACACGCUUCCUCCGACAGUUUCCUGCAGGAGAGCUACGGAUUUUCAGGAGCUUCUCUCUCUACCCACCUGCUUAUGUGCAUGAUGUCAGCUUUUGGCUUCCCGAUGGGGAACAAUUUGAUGAUGUUGCUUUUCACACCAUUGCUAGAGAAGUAUCAGAUGAAGCGGUGGCAUCCAUCCAUUUACUUGAUGACUUCCAGCAGCCAGGGACGGGCCGGAACAGCCUGUGCUGCCGGCUCACCUUCCAGAGCUGCGACAGGGCACUGGGCCGCAGGGAGGUGGCAGCCAUGCAGCUGCGUUUCAGGGAGGAAAUCUCUCAGCGGCUGCGUGUGGCCCUGCGGUAGGGCUGUGAGGUGCUGCUCUCUGCAGAACGUGGCUGCAUCUCACAGUGCCGUGUGGUGUCGCAGUGCCUCUUACAAAGGCGGAGUUCAGUAUCUGCCUACAUUGUAAAUGUGGAAAAUAAAACGUGGACACCUCCAUGCUGUGUGCGUGUG